AUGCGAGUUUUGCUGCUCCUUCAACAACAACACCACGCGCACUUCCUGCUCUACAAGCCCGACGGCGUCCUCUCGCAGUUCGUCACGCGCGCCAAGGUCAAGAAGCGCCACCGCUUCCUCGGCGACCUCGGCCACGCGUUCCCCGCGGGCACGAUGGCCGUCGGCCGGCUCGACCGCGCGACGGAGGGCCUGCUGCUCCUGACGACGGACGGCCGGCUGUCCUACCACGUGACGACGGCGGGCCGCGUCGAGAAGGAGUACUGGGCCGAGCUCGACGGCGUCAUCUCCGACGGCGCGCUCGCGGCGCUCGAGCGCGGCGUCGACGUCGGCGUCCGCGGCGCCGGGGGCCGCGCGCGGUCCGCGCCCUACGCCGCGCGGGCCGUGGCGGCGACGAGGCUCGCCGCGCCGCCGCCCCUGCCGCCGCGGCGCCGCCGGGUCCCCGCGCACCGGCCGCACUCGUGGGUCGCGCUCACGGUCCUCGACGGCAAGUACCACCAGGUCCGCAAGAUGACCGCUGCCGUCGGCUUCCCGACGCUGCGCCUCGUCCGCGCGCGCAUCGGCCACCUCCGCGUCGGCGCCAUGCGGCCCGGCGACGUCGCGCCCCUCGACGCCGCGGCGCUCGGCGCGCUCGCGCCGCCGCCGGCGGGACCGGACGGCCGCCGAUGA